AAAUCUACUUGUGUAACUGCAGCCAGCCUGUACAUGUCCCUGUGCUGCGACUGCCUUCAUUCCUAACCUGCGUGAAUACUCCACAGCGCUGAAGCUCGGGCUGGGGAGGGCUUUAGCAAAGCUCACAGCACGCAGGAAAUCAGCACAGACAGACAAUGACACAGAGAUUAGUAAUCGUUUAACCCUCGCCUGCCUUUCUCAAAGCUCGUAUGGGGUCACAUGGUGAGCACAGGACACUGUGUGGCCACCAUUUAUCACUUACACCAUCCACACAGCAGGAGUGAGACAUGUUAAGAUUCCAGAAGAGAAAGAAAAAGAGCAAAAGCUGUAGAUUUGUUUGUUUUAUACAGGAUUUACAGGAAUUCUGAGAUCCAUCAGAGGACAAACAAAAAACUCGGACCCAACAGGUCUGGAAAAAAAUUAAAAAAGAAAAAAAUUAAAAAAGAAAGAAGGCAAAAAUCCUCCACCUGCUCCUGCACACUCUCUCUCUCUCUCUCUCUCUCUCUCUCUCAGAGACACGCCUUCUAUUCAGACCUCACCUUAGUAACUGUCACACAAUAGAGUCAGCCGUCACACCUGACUCCGGACCUCACCGCUUCCAAUCUACCAGGAGGACUAUGAACUGUGGAGACACUGUACACUGAGUAUAAAGGGCGCGGUAAAAAAGCAAUUUCCAUUAUCAAGACUUUAUAGCCAAACAAGCCUGGUCCUGUAAUCAGAAACACCUCAGGUACCUGCUGUUCAGGUUUCAGCUUCGUCUGUCACGAUCACAAGUGCGAAAAAGGGGGAAAAGACCUGGCAACACAAACCUGAGGCUGAAGAUUAAAUCUCUCCAUGAUGUACAGACUCUGAUAAAGACUCUUCGAUUUUAUAUAUUUUCAUAAAUUGUGGACUAAAUUCUUCAUCAUGCCACUAAGAACAACAUUUGAAGGAAAGUCUCCAUCAGGAAGAUGGCCGAGGCGAAUAUCAAAGCGUAAGGUUCUAUCUGUGAAUAUGAUCAGUCUUCCCCUGGCAGAUUUCCGUCACCUCGCUCACAUCGGCUCAGACGCUCACAGAGACAGUUUCGGGGAUCUCUCCUUCCUGAAGAAGGGUCACGGUCUCCUCCGUCAGAGCUCUCAGAGUGAGCAGAACCUCUUUAUGGCCUGUGCUCCUCCUCCAAAACCCCCCCGCCUCAACCUGGAGGAAACUGAGCCGGCAAACGGCCACAGCGACCCUGACUGGGACUCGCAGCACCGGCCUUCAGUCCAGAGACGCAAAAAAUGCAGCUCUCUGCCGCUCCUGGACACUGAGGAGGCUGAGGAAGAGGAAUACGAACUCCACGCUGAAGAAGCUGCAAUGAUCCGGAGCCCUGGACGAGGGAGCCUGAGCUCCGGCAGAGAUUCUACUCAAACCAGCACAGAAGAAGCACAGCCAGAGGAGCCGGACACAGGUUUCUCCUUUAACCUGGACCUGGGACCCUCGAUUCUGGAUGACGUACUGCGGGUAAUGGAGAGAAUCAACCAGUAAAGGAUAAACUCUGAACAUGAACAGUGCCUCUGUGAGAGGAAUUAAAGAAUACUCAGAGGAAUAGUAACUAAAGGACCAUCAUUGGCUUUGGAUUCUUUCUUUAUUUUUCCUUUCAAACCCUGUUUGAAGAAUGGUGAAUUCUGGGAAAUGUCUAGGAUGAAGACUUUGCUUGGACAACAAUGGAUCUCAAUGAUUUUAACCUUCUUUUUGUUGCAUUUCAAUGGAUAUUUAACCUCUACAAGACUAUUCAACAGUACAUCUUAACUCAGGGGUCGGCCAGAUGUGGCUCGCAAGCAUGAAACAUCUGGCCUGUGAGGUUGUUUGAACUAUAAUGAACAAUAACCAAAAAACUAAAUACGAUAAAAAGCUUCUCUGGGGAGCUUUAGUUUACAUUCCUCCCCUGUCUACCCGUUCUCGGGCUCCCUAUCUCCUUAUAAGGGCGUUUUUUCCCAGCCGUGUCCCAAUUCACUAGCCUGGGGCAGAGGUAGUGUAUUGGAGCGUGACCCUGAUGACACGGGUUCAAUCCCGCGUGAGGAGCGGUGUGUAUAUAUAUUUAUUCAUUUUUUUCUUUCUUCUUGGGUUCUCCUGCUUUGAGAUCAACUGUUCUGCAAUUGGGUUCAACAACCCUCUGGGCUGGAGAGCUACUAGUCUGUAGCACUUAAUCCCAUUACACUUUUUACAUUUUCCAAAACAUAUUUUUAUUUUUUGUGGCCCACCGCCCAACCUAAUUGCUGACCCCUGUUUUAGCUUAUUUAGCUUAUUGCUACCUGUGUUGGGAAGUAUUUGAAAUAUGUUUUUGUCAAGCUACUUCCUUUUAAAGACAACAUCAGGACUCAGUUACACUCCUGUAAAACGUUCUGUAGUUUAUAAGGACUCUUUACAAGCAGAGAAAAGAAGAAGAGAUAAGAGGAGAUAAGACACGUCUGCAAAUAAAGCUAAGAAAGUUCCAGAAUGUAGUUAAUAAGUAAGCAGCUCACUAAGCUGUAAUUUUAUGUAUUACUAAAGAAGCAGGAUAGACAUUUUUGUAAUCAUCUCAGGAUUUAUACUUUUAUAAAGAAUCUGCUGGACUUGUGGCUGGUGUUUCUUGUAGUAUGUUAUUAUUUUAUCAUGUUAAUGUUUUUUUUUUCUUUGUUUUAGAUCAAAAAAGUAAAAAACAAAAAAGUAGAGAUCAGGGUUGCACCAUAUAUAUCAUUUCAGUGGGUUUGCAAUGAGGGCAUAUGCAACAAUAAGAUCGUAAGACAAGCAAUGUCAUUUAAGACCAAUUGAAUUAAAUUUUCUAAAUAAAAAUUACAUUUUUUUCAUUUUCUAUGACCAGAUUCAAAUUACAUAAGGAACAGGGGUGUCGCCAUUAUUUUUUAAAUCUAAUUCAGCAGGUCUUUUACUGGGUGGCUAUGUCUGUAAAGUUAAGUUAAGUAAACAAAACUGUAACUCUUAAUAAAAAAAAAAAAAAAUAUAUAUAUAUAUAUAUUCACAGAGAUCUCUAGAUUUCCAGAUUUCCACUAAGGCUGGGUGUAGCAGCAUUAGCGUUAGCAUUAGCUGUUGCCACUGUUAGCAGCUAAUGCCACAAGAGAGCGCUACACUGAGGAACCCUGAAUGUUCUGGGUUACAACUCGGGUGCUAACCCACAUUACCACCAGAACUGUCCGUCGAGACAAUAAAUUAUUGUGGUCUAAAACCAGGUGUUUCAGUUUCAUUGUCCAACCCCUGUAUGAUAUUAUAAGUUGUUGAUUUCUCUA